CUAGGAUUCGGGGAAAUUCGAGUGCUGGAGACGGGGUGCGCCGUCACCGCGCUUUCUGCAUCGGGUUACGCCAUUCAUCCAGGGUCAUUCAGUUCACCGGUGUAACGAACAUGAUGGCCACUUCACGGGCGCGCGUGCCUCCGUUUUCCUUAUGACCGACCAGCGGCGGCAGCAUCAUCUGCUUGCGGGUUUGGGUUUGUCUCACACCGGGCUGGCGCGGAACCGAUACCACCGUCUGGCGGAGCGUCUGCCAGGCUGAGUCACCGUUGGAGUGUCUGAAGGGUCGAGAGAGAGAGAGUGAAAGUGAAGGAGGAGGCUGAGACGUUACAUCACAACGUGGCAAAGAAAGUGAGAGGAAGAGUGUGAGAGAACAGGAGGGCAGAGAGCGAGACGGGCUAAGGGAGAGUGAGGGAACAGGACAGAUCCACGAGCAAGACAUCGAGCGCUGGACUGACCCUUGAACUCUGACCUCAGGCCCAAAAUGAACGACCAGAACGUAGUGAAAGAGGGAUGGGUGCAAAAGAGAGGUGAAUACAUUAAGAACUGGAGGCCGCGGUACUUCCUGUUAAAGACGGAUGGCUCGUUCAUUGGAUAUAAAGAGAAGCCGCAAGAUGCUGAUUUGGCGUAUCCACUCAACAACUUCUCUGUCGCCAAGUGUCAGCUGAUGAAGACGGAGAGGCCGAAGUCCAACACCUUCAUCAUCAGGUGUCUGCAGUGGACCACUGUGAUCGAGCGCACCUUCCAUGUGGACUCGCCCGAGGAGAGGGAUGAGUGGGUCGAGGCCAUUCAGAUGGUGGCAGACAAGCUGGCCAAACAGGAAGAGGAAGGAAUCCUGUGCAGCCCCAUCUCUCAGAUCGAGAACGUCAACGAGGAGGAGAUGGACACGUCAACCAGUCAUCACAAACGAAAGACAAUGAAUGACUUUGACUAUCUGAAGCUGCUGGGGAAAGGCACGUUCGGGAAGGUGAUUCUAGUGCGAGAGAAAGCCAGCGGCACAUAUUAUGCAAUGAAGAUCCUGAAAAAGGAGGUUAUUAUUGCCAAGGAUGAAGUGGCGCACACGCUCACAGAGAGCAGAGUUUUGAAGAACACUAGGCAUCCGUUUCUAACUUCGCUGAAGUACUCAUUUCAGACGAAGGAUCGUUUAUGUUUUGUUAUGGAAUAUGUGAAUGGAGGAGAGUUGUUUUUUCAUUUGUCGAGAGAACGUGUGUUUUCGGAGGACCGAACCCGUUUCUACGGAGCUGAGAUCGUUUCUGCGUUGGAUUACUUGCACUCUGCCAAGAUUGUUUACCGCGACCUAAAGCUGGAAAACUUGAUGUUGGAUAAGGACGGGCACAUAAAGAUCACUGAUUUCGGGUUGUGUAAGGAGGGCAUCACAGACGCUGCUACCAUGAAGACCUUCUGCGGGACUCCAGAAUAUCUGGCCCCUGAGGUAUUGGAGGACAAUGAUUACGGGCGAGCGGUGGACUGGUGGGGUCUGGGAGUCGUCAUGUAUGAGAUGAUGUGUGGACGCCUUCCCUUUUAUAAUCAGGACCAUGAGAAGCUGUUUGAGCUGAUUCUGAUGGAGGAGAUCAAGUUUCCCAGAACCCUCUCUGCAGACGCCAAGUCUUUACUGUCUGGAUUACUCAUCAAAGACCCCAAUAAGAGGCUCGGAGGAGGUCCAGAUGAUGCGAAGGAAAUCAUGAGACACAGUUUCUUCACAUCGCUGGACUGGCAGGACGUCUAUGACAAAAAGCUGGUCCCGCCGUUCAUGCCACAGGUAUCAUCUGAAACCGACACCAGGUAUUUCGACGAGGAGUUCACGGCGCAGACCAUCACCAUCACCCCUCCAGAGAAGUAUGACGAGGACGGGAUGGACUCGGCCGACAGCGAACGGAGACCACACUUCCCACAGUUCUCGUAUUCGGCCAGCGGGCGGGAGUGAUGUCAUCAGAAACCGCCGUUUAAGGAGCCCUGCGUAGCCAUGCUAGAAAGAGCCCCCCUCUCUCUCCCCCUCCGUUUAAUUGCUGAUAGUCAUAGCGAGUGGUUUUUUGCUGCUUUCUGUUCGUUUUGAUUUUGUUUUUUUUCUUUUUAUUUCAUGUGGGACUUAAAAGGGGUUUUGCACAGUUGGGUGAGACUUGAGCUAGUCGACCCACGUUUAAAAAGUCUUGUACACUUUCAGCUUGUUGUUUACAGAUCAUGGACAGUGUUUUUUGGGAAAUAUGAUCAGUAUUGGUGAAGACCUACAGCAUUUCUUUCUUUUUUUCUUUUUUUUUGCACUUGUUUAAAAGAGCCGUUGUGGGGAACAAACCAAAAAUGUUGCCUUAUGUGUGUGGAUCUCAUCAGACAGACAGACAGACAGACAGGUAGUUGGGGUUAUAUUAGACGCAGCAGCAGAUCCGUUCCUGUGAGGCUCACAAAUGUAAGUUUGUUCCUGAUUUUUCUCACACACACACACACACACACACACACAAACACACACUCUGUCUUGAAGAGUCUUGUUCCUCAUUCAUGCUUUCUGUAAAAGUGAAAUCUAAGAAAGUUGGGGGUGGGGGAUGGGAACGUGUCACAGGACACUAGUGUUAAUAUUUAUAUUUCUUUUUAGUUUUGAUCCUCACGCUCUGAUAUAUGAAGGUUUCAGUUCAAACACUCAACCACACAACAAACUGCCGUUACUGUAAGGUCUCUCAGGCGAUCCAGAGCACAAGUGUGACUCUCAUGACAUGUCUGCGUCAUAUUUCACUGCAAAAUCUCGAUGACAAGUUAAGCAUAUUUUAGCAUCACUUAGAUGGUUUGCAUUGUGACGUUAUUUUUAAGAGUUUCCUCCCAAAUCCGUGUUACCGUAAUGAGAAGAAAUCUCAUUUUCAUUACUGUAAUACAUAACAAUUAUAUUUUAACGCUUUAAGGUUUAAUUUGUAAACAUUAACUGCAUUAGUUACCAUGAACUAAAAAUUCUACAGCAUUUAUUAGUCUUAAUGUUAAUACAGUUGUUAACAUUAAUGCACUGUGAACUAACAUGAACAAACAAUGAACAAUUGCACUUUUAUUAACUAACAUUGACAAAGAUUAUUAAAUGUUGUAAAAAAAAUUAUUGUUCACUGUUGGUUCAUGAUAACUAAUGCAUUAACUACUGUUGACACAUUGUAAAGUGUUGUUAGUAUUUAUUUGACUGACUUUGCUAAUUCAAAUAAAAACGUGAAAAUUAUUUUUAUAGUAAUACGGUAAAAAAAUUAAUGCAAAAUCCAUAAUUACCCUAAUAAUAAAAUAAAUAAAAAAAUAAAGAAAUAAAAAUAAAAAGUAAUGUGAAUUACAAACAUUUGGAUGCAUUUAGUUUUUAAUUUUAAUUUUUUUAAUUUUUAUAUUAUUUUUUGCAUUACAGUAAUGAUAUUUUCCAUACAAA